AUGGGUAAGAAGAUCGAGGUGGAGGAUACACCUCCCUCGGUCGACUCCGCAUCCGUAUCCUCCCGGAACGAUGUCUCGGGCGGAUACGGCUCGUCCGACGAGCAUGUGUUCAAGGACCCCAACGUGGCGGACUACUGGCGCGGCAUCUACGAGAAGGCCCGGUAUGAAAAUCGCCACCGGUUUGACCCAGACUUCAAGUGGACGGCCGAGGAAGAGAAGAAACUCGUUCGCAAGUUGGACAAGAGAAUCAUGGUUUGGGCAUGGGUUAUGUUCUGCUCUCUCGAUCUUCACCGGAAGAGCAUUAACCGUGCCAUUUCCGACAACAUGCUUCCCGAACUCGGCAUGAACACGAACGAUUUCAACUACGGUCAAACUAUAUUCCUCCUUUCUUUCCUUGCGGCCGAGUUGCCCAGCGGCCUCAUCAGCAAGAAAAUCGGUGCUGACAGAUGGAUCCCCACCAUCAUUAUCUCGUGGUCUAUUGUCGCCGGUUCGCAAGCGUUCCUGAAGAACCGGGCAUCGUUCUACGCUAUCAAGGCGCUCUUGGGCCUGCUCAUGGGAGGCUUCAUCCCUGAUAUCGUCCUGUGGCUCACCUACUAUUACAAGUCGAACGAGCUCCCUGUUAGGUUGGCGUGGUUCUGGACGGCCUUGAGCACUUGCAACAUUGUAGGAUCCUUGAUCGCCGCUGGCGUACUCAAGAUGAGAGGAAUAAACGGCUGGGGAGGAUGGCGAUGGCUUUUCCUCCUCGAGGCCAUCCCGACUGUGAUCAUCGGCAUUCUAUCUUGGGGGCUCAUGCCCCCCGGCCCUUGUCAGACCAAGAGCUGGUUCCGCGGCAAGAACGGCUGGUUCAGCGAACGUGAAGAAUACAUCAUGGUCAACCGCCUCCUCCGAGACGACCCCAGCAAAGGCGACAUGAACAACAGGCAGGGUGUCGACCACAUCCUCUUCUGGAAGACCCUCAAGGACUGGGAGCAAUGGCCGCUCUACCUCAUCGGCCUCACGGCGUACAUCCCCCCUGCUCCCCCCAACACGUACCUCUCGUACAUCCUCCGCCAGCUCGGCUUCAGCGUCUUCGAGGCCAACCUUCUCGCCAUCCCGUCGCAGUUCCUCUUCGCCGUCAACCUCCUCAUCAUCACGUGGAUCUCCGAAAAGUUCAAGGAGCGCGCCAUCGUCUCGUCGUCGUCUAACAUCUGGAUCUUCCCUUGGCUCCUCGCCCUCGUCGUCCUCCCUGCGUCGACUAGCCCCUGGAUCCGGUACGCCUUGCUGACGGGUCUUCUGAGCUAUCCGUACUGCCACGCCGUGCUUGUGGGCUGGAAUGCGCGGAACAGCAAUAGCGUGCGCACGCGGGCCGUCAGUGCGGCCAUGUACAACAUCUUCGUGCAGUCCGGGAACAUCGUCGCGUCCAACAUUUACCGAGAGGAGGAUAAGCCGCUGUACAGGAGGGGCAAUAAGAUCUUGUUGGGGAUUACGGUCUUUAACAUUGUGCUGUUUUACCUCGUCAAGGCGUUUUACAUUUGGAGGAACAAGGUGCGAGACAGGAAGUGGAAUGCUCUGACCAAGGAGCAGCAGGAAGAUUAUGUGCUCAAUACCACGGAUGAGGGCAUGAAGAGACUAGACUUUAGGUUUGCGCAUUAG